GUCGAUUGAUGAUGACGUAGGAGCCGCCGUCGCAGGAGCAGCUGUGAGUUGUUCGACAUUAACGAUUUACUCCUGAAAACAAACCGUCAACAGGUGAAGCUUCAGACCGGCCAAACCAACAACAACGUCCUCUGUUUGUUCGUCGUCUGCAGAGAUGAACGCAUCGGUGCGCGCGGUGCGCGUCUCGUCGGAGCCUGACUCCUCCUACUUCCUGCGGGUGGACUGGAGUGGGCGGGGCUUAGUCUCAGGCUUUCAGCUGCUGCUGACUGACGGACAGAACGCUUGGAGAGGAGACGUGAGCGAGGCGAAGGUGUGCGAGGAGGCGGAGGAGCUGGAGAUGCAGACCGAGCGUUACGUCCUGGACCUCCAGCAGGCGCUGACGGAGGCCGAGAGCUCCUACAGCUUCACCCUGACGCCGCCUCCAGCCGGCCGCCACCCCACCGUCACCAUGGCGUACGAGAAGGUCCAGAAGGACAUCUCGUUCAGGUUGGGUUCUGCUCUGCUGAAGGUCGUCCCAGAGCCGGCAGAGGCGGUGAGAGAGUUACUGAUCCACAGUCUGCAGAGGGGGAACUCGCUGGAGAACCGCAAUGAAAAACUGGAGGAGGAGAACCAAAGACUGAGACGAGAACAGCAACGCAUCACUGCAGAGUUGAAGCGUUAUGCUCGAGGUAAAGAAUCCCUGGAGGUGGAGCUGUACUCUCGCUUUGUUUUGGUCCUGAAUGAGAAGAAAGCAAAGAUCCGCAGCCUCCAGGAAACGGUGACUCACCUGCAGGAAACCAGUGGUAAAGGAAAGAAAAACAAGGAUUCCGUAAAAUCUCACCGAGCAGAAGAGGAAGAGGAGGAGGAGGAAGACUAUGGAGGGAGUACUGAUGAAGAGCCAGAGGAGGAGCAGUCGACUGCGGCCUCCACUUCAUCGACUCGGGGACCGACCCCCUUGCAGGAUCCAGUAAGCAGACCCCCCCUCAGCGCUCCUCAGACUUUGCGGCAGGAACUUCAGCAGCAGAGGACCUGUUUGAUGACUUUUGACCCUUUUGGACUGGUUCCAGUGGCCUGUACAGAGAGAGCACACUGGUUUUACUGGUCGGUAACAGUGUCAUAUUUUUAUAGUGAGUUUAUGAAUUGAGGGUGAUGGAUGGCAGCAUAAUUUUGAUACGGUACUGUUUCUGUAGAAAGAUACAGAUGGGGGACAAAUAAAGGAAACAACCUUACUUUGUUUCUAGAUGAAUGUGUUAAACCACUUAAAGGAACCAUUAACAUCUGGAGAACUACCUGAGGAUGCUCAAGUAACACUAAAACCACCGAAAUCAACCCAAGAACCUCCUAAAGGUUCCCUAGAACUUUCUUAGGAUCCCAGAUGAGCUCGAGAAACACCUGAAUCAACCCUAGGAUCAAGGAUCACUACCACCUAAAUCAACUCUAGACCAUCUAAGGACCCUUAAUGAUCCCUUGAAAUGUCAAAGGAACCCCAGACCUCCUAAAGGAUCACUAGACCACUUGAGUCAACCCUAUAACCUCUUAAUGGAUCCCUAGAAUCCUUAUGGAACCUUAGGACCUCAAAGAAUCACUUGAAACUUCCCAAAUGAUCUCUUUUAAACGCCUAAAAGAACCCUAGAACACUCUAGACGAUUUCUAGACCCACUUCAAGGAACCAAAAAUAAUUUCCAUCGGCCAACUAGAACCAAUAAUAGGACACCUAGACCAUCCUAAAUCAUUGCAAGAACCACCCAUAUAAAUCUUAGUACCUCUUAAAGGACGAAUUGAAUCACCUAAAAGAACCCUUGGACACCAAAGGGGUCAUGAGAACCACCUAAAGAUCCCAAAGGAAUGCUAGAUCUACCUAAAUAGGAACCUAAGUGAAUUCUAUAAUCAUCUGAAUUAUCCCUUGAACCACCUAAAGAAACCCCAAACCCCUUAAAGGGUUGGUAAAAGCACCUAAAGGAAUCGUAGAACAACAUUUAGGAGUGCUAGAACCACCUUAAGGAAUCGUAGAACAACAUUUAGGAAGGCUAGAACCACUGAAGGAAUCAUGGAUCAUUUAGGAGGGCUAGAACCACCUUAAGGAAUCGUAGAGAACAACAUUUACGAGGGCUAGAACACCCUGAAGGAAUCAUACAUCAUGUAUGAGGCCUAGAACCACCUGAAGGACUCUUUAGAACCUUGAGAGAUCUGUUGACAUGUGGUGCCACAUUGAUCCUUAAUGUCCUGAGUUCGGUUCCAGUUCCCUUCUGAAUCAUAAUGUAUUUUGUAUUAGCGUCAUUGAGAUUUCUACCAUUUUUACGAACUUGGUCAUUUUAACAUUUGAUUCAAUAAACUGUGUGAACUUUAUCUUUUCAUGUAAA